GGCACGCCCCCGGCGGCCACUGGCGGUGCCCGAUGAACCGAGGCGGCGGAGCGCGAUGGGCUCUGCCGGCGAUGCUGGUGUGUGCGCGCUGUGGCGCUGGGCCGAGGGCCCCGAGGAGCGGCGGCUGCUGGAGCUCUUCUCCUACGGGCUGAUGGCGCUGGGCGCCGUCUCCUCCCUGCUGCUCCGCUUCAUCCCCAUGCCCUACGGCCGGUACUCCUCGCGGCGCUUCGGCUGGCUGCUGCCCGCCCGCCCCGCCUGGGUGGUGCAGGAGCUGCCCUCGCUCCUCGUCCCGCUUGGGCUCGCCGUCUGCGGCGGGGCGGUCGCGGCCGCCCGGCCCAACCGCGUCCUGCUGGGCUGCUUCCUCCUGCACUACGCGCACAGGGCACUCAUCUUUCCCCUUCUGAUCCGAGAAGGAAAACCAACGCCGUUUUUCACUUUUGUGUUAGCGCUUCUGUUCUGUGCUUUCAACGGGUACUUGCAGGGCCGAAGCUUAACCACCUAUGCAACUUACCCUGCAGGCUGGCUGGGUGGCUCACGCUUCAUUACAGGUUUUUUAGGAUGGUUGAUUGGCAUGGCCAUCAAUAUUCAUUCUGAUCAUAUUCUCAGAAAUCUGAGAAAACCAGGGGAAACUGGUUACAAGAUACCAAGAGGAGGAAUGUUUGAGUAUGUCAGCGGAGCCAACUUUUUUGGAGAGAUCCUGGAAUGGUUUGGGUUUGCCCUUGCCUGCUGCACCAUUGAAAGCUUUGCAUUUGCCUUGUGCACUCUCUUCAUCCUGAGUUCAAGGGCAAGACAACACCACAAAUGGUACCUUGAGAAAUUUGAAGACUAUCCAAAGGACAGAAAAAUUGUCAUCCCAUUUUUGUACUGAGCCGUGCUUUUAACACUUUGAGAUGGAUGUCUUUAGUAACAGCCAGCAUUUUACAGAUGCUGGCAGGUUAGGAACACACUCGGAUCAUCACUGUGGCAAAGCCUUUCCAUCAGUGCUGCUAUUACUUAAUGCUUUUUCCUCUUAAUGGUAACCCAGAAAUCUGAUGGACAGGGUGAAUAGGAAUAGAGGUGGUUUUCCAGCAGUGAAGUACCUUCAUAGAUACAUUAGGCAAUGAGUCUGAAUUGGCAUCAUGGAAGUACUGUGCACGACUUCUGAGGCUUCUUUUUCUGCCUGUGAGGGCUUCUGCCUUUUCUACUCAAUGUAGCCAAGCUGUCCUGAGGAUUGUGCUGUGAGCUCAGCCACCCUCACUGCAGUCUGGAUGGUGUGUUCUGCCUACGUACACAAAUAGGGUUGAUUUUAUUUGUUUUCCUUACCUUACUAAUCCUUUAAAUUCCCCCCACCUGCAUUUCCAGAAGAGCUGGUGAUGUAGACCAAAGAAUUAGAUGAAUACAGUUGCUUUUAGAUGAGAGGCAGUGUUUUUCCUUCUCCUUGCACCCUUACAAAUAUAGGGCACUGCACAGACAAUAUCUAAUAAUAUUUACAUAAAAGUUGUACUGCUAAUAGAUUAAUAUUGUCAUCUACCUCUUAAAAUUGAUAGCUAUCUCAAUAUGCAAUAUGUGUCUUCUCACUUUUAAAUUGGUUUUGGAAGUCUACUUAGGGUACUUAGGCCAAUCUAGCAUUGUUAACAAUUGUGUAAUGUUUUCUAACUUAAUUUAUAAAAAAACCUUGAUAUUUAAAAAAAAUUUUCUUACUAUGCUGUUUUAAAAAAAUCAAGUGUCUUCCUUCUUCUGUUGCUAACAUUCUAGAUUAUUUUAUAUUCUAAAAUUCAGGAGUUCUGUGUCCGUUCUCAUACCCCAACCUUUUACUCACAAAGGACUCCAGAUGGUUUCAAGAACAUGAUGGGAUCCCAAGCAUACAGAUUUUCAAUUUCUGCGCCUUUUGCAUGACUGUAAUAAUAAAGAGUCUUUUUUGUUUGUUUGUUUUUUGGUAAAAACAAACCCAAAACAACUCAAGGGAAAACUAAAAAAAAGAAAAAAAGGCAAUCCAACAAAGCCCCUGAGUGAACAACCAAAUUCUAAUAAUUAAAAAAAUUUAAAAAACAAGCAAAUGAACACUAACUAAAAAAUCUUUCCACAAAACUCUGCUGCUAAUAUAAUUUGAAAAUAAAUGGAAUUUGAAUUUGAAUUGGAAUUUUGCCAAGUGUCAUCUGCUCUGUUUGCACUUCUGUGUUGGGUUAUAUUCUUCAAAAUAAAUUAGUAACAUAAUUUUGCCAGAUGCUAAGUUCUGCAGUAGGGUAUUGCAAUAAGAUUUGUUUUGAUGAGCAGCAAAAAUGCUUGCUGGGGAGAGAGGAUGGUGAAGAGUUUGAUUUACUCCUCAAUGCUAAAAUGGAGUAUUUGACAAUGAAAGUUCAGUAGUUCACUUAAAGCAUAUUCUGAAGAUAAUUUUAGAAUCUAAGAAUAUCUCUAAAUCUUGUCAUCUCUGCAGUAUUUUUUUUAAACCUUCUUGUCUAAAUCAUCCACCUAUCAAAAUCUAUUCUAGUGGAAAAAAACAUAGGAUUCAAAAACCACUAUCUACCCAAGGUCUUUAAGCACUUACGUAGUUUCUGGUGAAUUAAUAUCUUUUUUGGGUUUGUGUGGCCAGAUUUUGGUGAUGGGUGCUACAGGGGUGACUUCUGUAAGAAGCUGCUAGAAGCUUCCCCCAUGUCUGGCAGAGUCAAUGCCAGCUUAUCCCAGGGCCAACCUGCUCCUGACCAAGGCUGAGCCCAUCAUGAAGGACAGUAAUGUCUUUUUAAUAACAUAUUUAAGAAAGAAAAAAUAUAUGUUUUCUUGGGCAGAGCAACAUCUGUGCAAGGUACCAAGUGGAGGAGUGGGAGGAGGCACUCCAGGUGUUGGAGCAGAGAUUCCCCUGCAGGCCAUGGAGGACCAUGGGGAUGCAGAGACCCACCUGCAGCCUGUGCAGGAUCCUCAUGCCAGAGCAGGUGGCUGCCUGAGAUGAGGCUGGGAAGCCUGUGCUGGAGCAGGGAUGUGACAGGGAUGUUUGGAGAGAGGAGCCCAUGGUAGGGCAGGUUUUGUGGUGGGACUUGUGACCCUGUGGAGAACUCAUACUGGAGCAGUUGUGCCUGAACUGCUGCACCCUGUGGAAGAGCAAUCCACACUGGAGCAGUUCAUGGAGAGCUGUUGCCCACGGGAUGGACUCAGAUUGGAGAAGUUCAUAGAGAACAAUCUCCCAUGGGAGGGACCCCAUGUUGGAGCAGGGGAAGGCCUCCUCUCCUUGAAGAGCAGGAGAAACCUCAGGGGAUGAACUGAUCAUAGCCCCAUUCCCUGUCUCUCUGAGCCUCCCUGGAAGAGGAGGUAGAGCCUGGGAAGAAAAGAAAAGUGGAGGGAAGGUGGUUUUAAGAUGCAUUUUACUUUUCAUUAUCCUGCUCUGUUUUUGUUAAUAAUAAAUUCAGUUAAUAUCACAAAUUUAAGUCUCUUUUGUCUGUGGCAAUAUUUGAUGCUUGAUCUCUCUGGUAGUUAUCUCACCUCAUGAAGCUUAGGCUUUGGUUUCUUCUCCCUGUCCAUUUGUGGAGAGUGACAGAGUGGCUUUGGUGGACACCUGGAAUUUGGCCAGAGUCAACCACCAAAAUAUCUUAUAUCUUCAGGGAUAUUUGUUUAAAAAUCACUGGUCAACCUACCAGUAAAAUAUCACCUUUCUGCAGCACUUUAGACUCUAAUCUAACACUUCUUUUUUUUUUUGCCUUUUUGAAAAGGCAAAUGUUCUUUUAACACUAAACAGUGAAAGAAGGGUCAAUGUUUAUUACAUCUCUAUAUUCAAGAGCUGUAGCUCUCUAGUCAGUAGUCUUCUAUCAUAGUUUCCAGAAAAUUUGAACAGAUGUCUUGAUUUUGCUCUGCUACUAUGCUAAUAAAUAUUUAUCUUGCCUAAAAGUUCCGUUGGUUUGCCCACGUUAUGUUAAUUUAUGGUUUGCCUACAGUGGGAUAGGAUCUCAAGUGUGAUAGUCUGAUAGCUUGUCCCUGUUCUCUCGUUACAGAAAAGGAAAAGCUGAGGUCUGUGGGCUGUGAAUGUCAGCAUGUUUAGAAAUGUUAGUUAAUUGGAUUAAUAAGAAAAAUCCCAAGCCCAAGCCAGACAGUUUUGUUCUUUGUGUGAUUAUAUUUUACAUUCUCAUUAUACUUCUAAAGCCUUCCCCAAGUAAAGUACAGAUUUUAUUUGAGGCAGUUCUUAGAGGGCAAGUCUUAUGAGGAGCAGCUGAAAGAGCUGGGACUGUUUAGCCUGUAGAAAAGGGGGCCCAGGGGGAAUUUUACUACUCUCUACAACUGCCUGAAAGGAAGUUGUAGCCAGGUGGGAGUUCAUGUCUUCUCCCAGGUAACCAGUGAUAGCAUGAGGGGAAAUAGCCUUAUGUUGUGCCAGGGGAGGUUUAGAUUGGCUAUUAUGAAAAACUUCUUCACUGAAAGGGUUGUCAAGUCCUGGAACAAGCUGCCUGGGGAGUGGUGGAGUCACAAUCCUUGUAGGUAUGCAUGUAGUUGUGGCACUGAGGGAGAUGGUUUAAUAGUGGACUUGGGAGUGCUGGGUUAAAGGUUGGACUCAAUUAACUCUGAGGUCUUUUCCAACCUAAACGAUUCUAUGAUUCCCACAUUUCAAGACCCAGGUACAUUGGUGAAAGCAUAUGAUCAACUUGGUCAAAUGCUAGAAUUGUCCUUUGUUUAAACAAUAUCCCACUCAUUUGCCACCAUUUGUAGUCCCUUUCCUUUUCAGCAUCUCUGACAGAUUUUUCUGUUAGAAAAUAUCUAACACUGAAACAUUUUUCUCAAGAAUAUGUAAUGUGAAAAUGAACUCUGUUCUGCACAUUCCAGAGGGAGAAAACAUGCAUACUUGCUAUUGGGUACAUAUGUAGCUAUUUUUAAUAGAGAUGCUUCUAGUCAGAUUGAUACAUCUUUCCCCCAAAUCCCUUUCUAAUAAAACAUGAUUUGCGGUGUCUUGCUUGAAUACUUUUUUUUUUCUGUUAGUAAUCCCUGCUCUAACUUGUGGAGAUUGACCAAGGCUUUUGUACCAACAAUUUUAUUAUCCUAGCUGAGAUCUUGGGGAGUGUAAAAACAAGAUUGAUUAGAAUGACCUAGAUGCAUGUGUGAACUUGAUGAGAUUCAUUCAUAGUUAUUAAGAGUCACAAGGUAAAUUUCUCUAGUGAUACAUUCUUAGUUACGUAAAACAAAGUAUGUAGCUGAAAUGUUCUACACUUGCAGUGUAAUCAAAGAUUAACAUAAGCAUAGGUUGCUCACUUGGGUUCCUCUCUUGCUGCUUUUUUCACUUGAAAAAACUGUAGCACCUGCUGUUUCAACUCUUUUAAUUGAGAUUCACCGUGAUAUUAUCUUUUGGAGGAGUGAAGAUAGUGUACAAAUUACUUGUACAAACUUGAAUUCUUCCAGCAGACUGGAAAUCCUGAGUGCCUAACACAGUUUUUACAUCUUUUUUGUGAUUGAAAUAUAUUAAUAACUUUAGUAUGAGACUGUUCCAGUCUGUUUUAUGCUCCUCAGUUUUAGCAAUACCAGUUGCAGUUGUCAGGGCAGCCUUUCAUAUACACAUCCAUUUCGUGAGGAAAGCAGAUCUCAAGUUAAAAUUGCACCACUUUUUGCAGUGAUGCAACGUAUUUAUCACCAUCUAUGUGCUCAUGUGCCCACACAAAAAUAUGUGUAAUCAAGCAAUUAAAUUUCUGUUGCAGGACAAUUGAAGGGCAAAGACUUAACCAAGGUUUGCAUCUGAAAGAAUUGCACAACUGAAGCUUGCUCUCGAACUUCUUAAAACAACAUGUUUUUUACAUCCCUUGCUUGAUUUAACAUGUCCACUUAAAAAUAAAAGUUAAUACAUGAUGCAUUGUUGUAUACAAGGGGGUAGUGGAAGCAAUAGGUUAUUUGUUCACAGAGAUGAAAGAAAACCUAACAAUUGGUAUCCUUUGGUAUAAUGCUUCCCUGGAGAUGAUGCCUUACCAAAUGUGCUAGGAGUGUCUCAGUGGUGUUAUUUGUCCCUGCUCCCUCUUGUUUUGGAAAUAUCUGUUCAGUUUCUGAGAGGACAUGGGUGGCUGGAUACAAAGAGCUAGCACUAGCGAAGCCACAUGUUCCAGCUGCUCUAGGAGGGAGCACUCCAUUUCUCUUGGGCUAUUGAAAGGGAAAACCACAGCAAAUUUAUAGACUUCUGCCAGAAAAGAAACAGCUGUGUCAUCUGGGAAUGGGGGCUCAGACAUUGAGCAGCACUGUCCACACUAAAGACCAGUCCAGUGUAAGGAAGAAAAACCUACUUCAGGUAUCUGCUAUAUUUGUGUCCUGCUGGCUGCUUCAUAGGGCUGGAAUCUAACAUUUUUAAUCCAUAUUAGUCUGUUGGUGAACAGUCCAAGAGGCUUCCACUUUUGCCCCCACUCCACUUGUUGUUUUUGCUGCAGAAGACCAAGAAGCACACACUGUGCAGAGCCAGGGUCCUGCUAAUGUGCAAGGAAGCCCUGUGACAAAGCAGCCCAGUGCAAUAGUGUAGAUUUGUAGGAUUUUAAUGUUUUUCAAAGGCAAGUAUGUUUCCUCUUUCAUUCUCUGCCUGUCUCUUUGAAAAAUGGUGAUGGUAUCACCAUCAGGAUGGAACAGGAGAACUGAAUUGAAAAUAGUACUGUGAAAGUGCUCAAGUGUUAAAGGACAGUCAUCAGGAUAUACUGAAAUCAGUAACCAGAGAGGAAAAUAGUCCUUUUUACACUUCAAAUAAUCCUUGCAGAUUUUACUAGGCCUCAGAAAUAAAGAGUAUUAGAUUAAACAUAAUAUUUAGUCUGAAACAGUGCAGUAUAUGAUAACUGUUGAUAGAAUAAAGUAAUACUAGGAAGAGUAGUUUAUAAAAUAUGAGUAGCUAUGCAGACAGCAUACAGCAGUAUAAUGUAAUGAAUAGAAAGCUAAAUGACCAAGAAGAAAAGCGCUAUUUUCAUAAGCAAAAAGGGAACACUGCUCUAGUGUGGAGUCCUCCUUGGGCUGCAGGUGGAUCUCUGCUCCAUUACAGACUUCCAUGGGCUGUGGGGGCACAGCUGCCUCCCCAUGGCUGCGAGGGAAUCUCAGCUCUGGCACCUGGAGCACCCCCCACCCCUCCUUCCUUGCAUGCCUUGGUGUCUGCAUAGCUGCUCCUCUCCCUCCUCUCUCCACUUGCAGGUUUUUUUGCUCCUUUUUAGCUGUUAUCCCAGCAAUGCCACCACCAUCACUGCUGGGUUCUGCCUUGGCCAGCGACAGGUCUGUAUUGGAGCUGGCUGGCAUUGGUUCUGCUGGACACGGGAGAAGCUUCUGGCAGCUUCUCACAAAAGCCACCCCUGUAGCCCCUCUAUUACCAAAACCUUGUUGUGCAAGCCAAAUAAAACAUCUGAAUUUAUAAAAGUUCAAAAUAAAACGCUAACAUGGCAUUUGUAGGAAAAGUCUUUUGUCAAUAACUUUAAGUGGUUUUCCUAAAAUGAAAUUGCCAUGCAAUGUAGACAUUCCAGACUUCAAUGAAUAAUAUGCUGUAAUUACUACUCUUUAAAUGGUUACUAUUAAAAGUA